AUGGUACUUAUUUAUUUGUUCAAAUAUGUUGCUCUUGGUACAGAUAAAGGGGUUUUUGGUGUUCCAGAAAAGGGUUUUGGGUUACUCCAGAAAGAUCAACAUAUGGGUCCCUUAACAAUGUCGGAUUCUGGUUCUGAGUCCCACACCCAAUCUGAUUGUCUGGGAUACAAUCACAAAACAAACUCCUUUUUCAGAGUCCCUGGACUGUUUGUUGCGUUAACUCCUAAGGGUUUAUCAGAUUGUGAUUCUGUUAGAAGCCCAACAUCUCCUCUAGAUUUUAGGGUGUUCUCAAAUUUAGGGAACCCCUAUAAAUCCCCAAGGUCGUCCCAUAAUGGGUACCAGAAGACCUGGGAUUGCAGUAAAGUUGGCUUAAGCAUUGUAAAUUCUCUUGAUGAUGAUAUGAGAGAAUCUGGCAAAGUUCUUCAAUCAUUGGACAGCAAGAACAUUCUUUUUGGACAGCAAGUAAGAGCUAAAACCCCAAAAUUUCAAGCCUAUGCUAAUUCUUUUGAGGCACCAAAGUCUCUGCCAAGAAAUUUUGCAAUUUUCCCCCAUACCCAUGCCAAUUCUCCUCUUCAGAGCGGCAGCUCUGAUGUUAUUUUUGAGACUGGAGAAGCCCCAUUUGAACCUGAGCACUUUGGAAAAAUCCAGUGUUGUUCACUGGACUCCUGCAAGUCCUUUUCAACCCUGUCCCAUUUGGCUGAACCAAAGUCCAAUGUGACUUCAAGGAAUUUCUGUUUGAAAACUACUCGAGUUAAUAGUCCUUGGCAAUUUUCUGGAGGAAGCCCAAAUUCAAAAAACUCUUUGCAUACAGAUUUGAACUUGACUCCGUUGUCUGUUGGCUCUGCCAAUGGAUGUAUUGUUUCUCUCUCUGCAAGUGAGAUUGAGCUCUCUGAGGAGUACACUUGUGUAAUUUCACAUGGUCCCAACCCCAAGAAAACUCACAUUUAUGGUGAUUUCAUCUUGGAAUGUUACUCUAAUGAAGGAAAUGAGACUGGAAUGCCUCAGGCUGCUACUAGCUCUCCAAUUAAAAGUCCAUUACCAUUAAAUGAUUUUUUGAACUUCUGUAAUCAUUGCAACAAGAAAUUGGAAGGUGAAAGAGAUAUUUACAUAUACAGUGGUGAGAAAGCCUUUUGCAGUUUAAGUUGUCGCAUUGAGGAGAUUAUGAUUGAUGAGGAAAUGGAGAAAACAAUCAACAAAUCUUCCAAUGACUCUCUCGGGUCUGACAAUGGUGAGGAACUCUUUGAAAAUGGCAUUUUUGAUUCUCCAUAAAGUCACUUGCAUGGCUUAACAAUACUCACCAAUCCCAUGAUUGAUGAAAAUGUUCUCAAAGGUAGAUGCCCUUGAUCAUCCGUUUACAAAGAGCUGUUUAUUUGCAUUUGUCAGCAACCAUGGAUGAUCGUUUUGUACAUUGUUUGUUUCAUUGUUCGUGGUCAUGGGAGAUGAACCUCUAUUUUGGCUAGUUUUUGCUUAUCAUAAUUCACUUAGAUUGGCUCAUAAUUGAAAAAGUGGAAGCUGAUUUUUCUGGCUUCCCAAUUUAGUUCUUUUUCUGAGAGUCAUUAUAUAAGCCUGCGAACUGGACAAGUUUUUGACUGAAUAUAAAAUGCUAUCAAAUAUUGUAUGCUA